ACUGGAGGAAAGUAGAGCAAACUGUGAGAAGUGGAGUGGGCGCACGGAGGAGAGCUGAAGCUGCGUGGAUGGGAGGUUCUCCUGCAGUUAAAGGACCAGAUGUGAAGGAGAGGAGGGGUACAAACUAAUCCAGACAACGAAAAAAAAAAAGAAAAAAAAAAAAAAAAAAACUGAAAAAAGAAAAGUGAAUGCUUCCUGGUCAACGACUUCGCUUUGCUGAAAACAAAUUGUGCAAGAUGACACCUCGGACGUCCGACUGAAUACUCCACACACCAGCGUCUGAUAAAAGGUGUCUCCACUGGUGUGGUUUAGACACUGCUGUGCAGUUAAGGACACGUGUGCAGAUUCCUUCAGGCCAAAGAGUGCAAAGUUUGGGUAAGAAAAUGAGAGUGUGACUUCACAGCAGAGAGCAGCUUCAAGCUCAACCAGUAAGUGCACGAUAAUUUAGAUGUACACAGCCUGGCCAAAAAAAAAGCCACCACCUGGAAUCAACUAAGCAAAUAGCUCCCGUUGAUCUUCAUCUCAACCGACGUGAGGUCCAAAGGUGUCAAAGUUACACACUGAAUCCCCUCCUCCAAAAAGUGUACACUGCAGUAGAGCAUGACUAGAGCCACACGAUGACUACAGGUUGAGAAGUGAGUGAGAGAAAGGGAGACAGACAUCAAGGAGAGGCUGACGUGCACCUCACACACUGGAGUUUGGAGUCACCGCACACCUCGCAAGCUAAGAAGGCAGAGUGUGAGUGGACGGGCCCGGGGGCUGCGCGGCUCUACUGCUUUCUCUGCCUGUAAAGUGUGCCGAGCGCUGCUGCUCCACUCCGAGCUCCGCUGCCUCUGGGGCUCAGUGCCUGUCCCCACAGCUGAGAGAUAAACACAGACAGACAGAGACGCAGAGACAGCUCCAGUCAUGAGGGUUUCCCUUUCAUCGGCUCCUCUGCAGUACUCUUAAGGUCCACGUUGCUCUGCUGACAGAUCCUGUGGUUCAAAAUGAGAGUCAAGAGAUGAGCUUGCAGCGAGCAGCCCUGUCCCUGCAGUUCCUGCCACUGGACAUUUACUGAUUCACACUACGCAGAAGACGAUGCCUCUGUCUCCCAGAUAACACCUCUGAGGACCAGGCCUUAAAUGCACGCAUUGUGCACAAUGGCAGGAGAGACUCAGCAAAUGCAUACCGUCAAAGAGCUGGACGCUGAGUCCAAACUGCAGGAUGAGGGGACAGCGCUGGAACAGCAGAGUGACAAAACCACAAAGGAGUUUUCAGAGCACUUUUCAAGCACAGGCACUGAGGCCAGAGCCAGCAGCAGAGGGCUCAAGGUUGAAAAAUUAGAGAAGGAACGGGACUCUACUCAGCAGCGUGAGGCUGUCAUACGGCCACAGCAGGCUGGGAAGAUUGACUUCAGGUCACUGCAGAACAGAUCAAAAUUUGCCUCUGACAGGACUUGGUCUAGUGGCAAAGCCAGCCCCCAGUCCCCCAGUGGAAAGGGUCGCAGCAGAGAGAAGGGGAAGCGGUCUGGAAAGUCAGAGCGGGGCAGCCCACAGCAGCUGUACAGACUUAGCAUUACACAUCCACGCUCUAACCCCACCAUUGGUAUUGCCUACCCACAGCAGAAGGUUUCACAACCCAAGAAGCUGGAGACCAGUCGUGGCCCGGUCUCGGGCAGCUACAGAUUCCACGUUCCUAGUUUACCUGAGCGAGAGGCUGAGCUGCAGCAAGAAGAGCUUAACUACAGCCGCUGCUUCCAGGAGGCAUCCUCUAACCUUACCUCCCCAAGCUAUACCUCACAGACACUGAGUUCUGCAAGUGGAGCAUCAUCCCAUCAGCAUCCACCCCUGUCCCAGCAGCAGCAGCAGCAACAGCAGCAGCCUGCCUCUAUGGAGAACAACAGUGCACAGCCUGGCAGCCAGCUGAUACUGGCAGACUUUCAGAUGAGUGGCUCUAAUGCAUGGCAGUCACCUGAAAGGACUUUCACUGGUGCUAACUAUGGAGUUUCAUCACAAAAACCCACUGCCCUUCCUGAAACUAAUAAGACAAAUGCCUUUGUGUCUGGUCCGUUCCAAUAUGGAUAUCAUUUCCUGGAAGAAUCGGCCUCUGACUCUUUUCCCUGUGAACAAACUCCCCCAUCCCAGGACUUUACCGAUUCAUCCCUAGGUGCUGUUCAUGUCGCUCACAGCUCUUUUCCCUUUACGUCUGGAGAAGGGCAAAAUAUUACUCAAAACAGCACUCAGUUCAAUAAUGAACAACAGUCCGAUAAUAGAAGCUCUUUUACUCACCCCCCACAGUCACAGUUUAUUCAAGGGGUGGUAUCCUCAAUCCAAUGUCCUCGGAAUUUGAGCGAGGACUCAGCGAGCAGUGACAGCUCUGGCUCCAGCUCACAGCAGUCAGAGCAGGGGAAGGCGGCACUGCCAGAGAGCACAGACACCAUUGGACAGGCAGACAGUAGGGAUGCAGCCAUCACCUCGGGGAGUAAGAGGAACUGUCAUCCCAAAGAUACAGCUGCAAACCAAAGAACACUAAUUCAAGGAAGUGUGCACCAUGCACGAAAUAUUUCACAAGGCCCAGGCUCCCAAAUGCACUUUUCCACCAAAACAUUUAACAACCCUCCAGUCAGUAACAUUCACAGAAGCUCAGUGUCUUUUGAUAAAAACAUCAGUAAUAAGAUUUUAAACAGGUUACCACACUCCUGGGAGGGAGCUAAUAAGACAUAUUCGCCAAAUGAUCAAAACACAGUUCCAUACACUGAUAUGAAUGAUAAGUUUCAGUUUCAGAACCAACCAGCACUUGACCAAAGAUCCACUUCAUCUAAAAAUAGCAGGAUGUCUUGGCAGCAGAUACGUCCAACUUCUGCCAUGCAGAACCAAAACCGAAUUGAGUUAUCUAGGCAAAUAAGCAAUCAAAAAUUGGCUUACAUGGUUUCCCCUUCUGACUGGCAGGAUGACAGUAAAUCACAUAAACACAGCUCACUGAAAAACCCCAACUCAUUCCAAAACAACAGAACUAGUGAUGGUUUUUCUAACCAAAGACAGGAGUCUGUAAAACAUGGCAGUAAUACAGUCGCCACUUUUAAAGUAGAGAUGAGCCACGCACAAGUAUGUGAGUCCAAAAAUAAGACUGUAUACUUUGGACUCAAUCAGUCUCUUCCCACAGCAUCAUCAAGAAACUUCAACUAUCCACCACUGCAAGUCCCACCUAUGGGACUUAUGAUGGUGUCUCCUUAUGAAUCCCCUUUGCCCUCCCCAGUUCAUAAUCCCGCAUCUAGUAGUACCUGCUCAUCCCUUUCUCCAGCGUCCACCAGUCCAGUUAACCUCAGUUCAGAGGACAGCCAAAUGUCAAAGUCAGCACCCCCUCACCCAUUUUAUCACCAGCCUCAAGCCAAGACACAGUUGUCUUCAGAUCACCUGACAACCCAUCCUCACCAGUUUCACUCUGAAAGAAAUAUUUCGUACACAACAGACAGAAAUAAAGAUGAUAUGAUGAACUAUAUGCAGAAUAGUGCACAUCCAAAGAGCACUAUGGAUGGAAACAAAGGUUAUAUGGACAGUUUUGGGGUAGAGCAUCACCAGCCCCCACCACCUUACUCUGCACAUCAGCUCUUAGCCACCUCAUUAGCCACAGCAAAUCUAGACCAGUUAGAUGUGCUUUUGACAUGCAAGCAGUGUGAUCAGAAUUUCAACAACCUGGCUUCAUUUCUAGGCCAUAAGCAAUAUUGUGCACAGCACACAUUUGCACAAAAUGACCUGAAGGAGAUACCAAAGCUGGACGACAGCAGAAAGUUCAAUACAGAACCAGCAAAAACAACUUCAUCUGUGCCAAAUCUUUCUAUGUCAAGAUGUCCAUCUGACCUCCACCUCUCUUUGCUGGGCCUUAAUAAAAACGGAGAACUAAUAGCUGAAAGUGAAACAAAAGGGGACAACAAAGAUGAUCCCAUGAAACUCAACCUUUUCUCUGGCUCUGGUAAUCUUCCUGUCCCUCUUCCUGAACUGGAAAUGGAGGAUGCCAAAUUAGACAGCUUAAUCACAGAAGCCUUGAAUGGACUGGGAUACCAAUCUGACAAUGCAGAGAUAGACAGUAGUUUUAUCGAUGCAUUUGUUGAUGAUGACCUUACCACUGUCAAAGCAACAUCAAACAAACAAUCUCUGAAAACCAAAGAAUCUGCAAUUUUUGAGAGCAGAAAUAAACAAACAACAGAAGAUGACAGGUCUUUCACACAGGGAAAGUAUUUUUAUGAUUCUGAUGUUGAGAGCCCUGAAACAGAUAAACAGUACACAGAAUGCAAAGUUGAGAAAAUAUCUGUGAAUUUGGAACAAGAUGAGAAAAUUAACAUAAAAAAAGAAGUCUCUCAUAAAAAUUCAAGAAGUGCCUCGAGGGAGAAGACACGGGAACAAGACAGCAAAGUGAAAGAGGCAAGAAAACUGUGUAAGAGUGAGGAUGAAAACACAAGUACACAGAGAUUUCUCUUAUCCAGCAAGUUUUCUGAGCGUUGUGGUGUUAAAAGCUUUCAAGACAACUCUGCACUUCGAGGGUCACUUCCCUCACAGACCUCCACAUCUCCAACCUCAAGAACAGCAGUGAAAGAGAGUAAAAGAAAAAGUAGCAGCGGGGGCACUUGGAGCAAAGAACUUAUUCACAAAAUAGUGCAGCAGAAAAAUAAGCUCCACAAACUUCAUGUUAAAGGAACCAAAAAUCUCCAGUUUUCCUUGGUAAUGGAGAGACUCACUCCCACUGUACAGAACCCUGCAUUUGGAGAAUAUGACUAUGUAUCAGACUCAGAUGAUGAGUGUGAGCCUGUGAAGAUAGCAAGCCAAGGUCGGCUAAACCAAAGCAGUCGGUGUAAAUACACGUACACUAAAGAGUGUAAAUGGCGGGCAAGGAGUGAGAGAGACCAGGCAGCAUGGAGACAUGAAUCAAAAGAAUGUUUUGAGGUGAAAAAAAGUGAAGAGCUUUCUCUCUUGCCUGAAAAACAUAGUUCUCACCAAAAACUCAGGAGGAGGGGUAGCAGGUCAUCCACAAGCAGUGAACUCAGCACAUCUGUGAGUGUUUCUAGUGAUAGUAUCAACAGCCCCAAAAGCACUGACCGCACUGACUCAGACUGUGAGAAGAAGACAGACAUCAAAAAGAAAGAGCCUCCAGAGCUGAAACCUUAUGAAAGGUCGUCCCCUCAGAAGUUGUGUAAAGAGUCCAGCAAACUAGCACUGACAUUCACUAAAUCUGUCAAGAAGUAUAAUACUGACAAAGCCAUUGUUUCAGAGAAAAAAGACAGUUUAGAGAAUCCAAAGAAUUGUCAUUCAGAUCCAGAAGUUGCUGAUUCAGUGUCAUCCUCACAAAAGGCAAUAGACACAGUGAAAAAUCUUGAAAAAAGCAAAAGUUCUCAUACCAAAUCAAAAGAGAAGCUUAUGUCGCACAAAGAAACUGGCACAACAGUCAUCUUGGACAGAAACACCCUACAGAGAACAGACAAUCUGUGCCACAAAGAAGAACCCACACAGUGUAGCAUUAUGGAUAACAAGCCACCACAGACUGAUUCACACUUUCCUACCAUCCACAAGAAAACUGAUUUCAAUGCUGAGAGAAACACAAGGUGCAAAAAGAGAGAGGGGGCCGAAAUCACACAGUCAGAGCUAUCAGGCAGUCCCACAUUUGGAAAACAGAGUGACACUGUCUGCAUGGUGAAAGAGGCUAUUACUUUAGUCAAUGACCUAGACACACACAAGCCUGCAUCGCUUUGCACCUCUUUGAUGGAUGAUGUGUGCCUAUCUCCAGCUGAAACCCAGGGCCCAUUGAUACAAAAAGAUACACUUCACCUCAUGCCCUACACUCUGGAUCAGGAACAGGGUCUCAUUAAAUCCCCUCUUUCAUUUGACACGUCAUCAAUGUUUGGAGACCUCGCGAGUUUCGACAGUGGCCUUUACUCCGAUAUGCCGAUUCAGAAAGAGGGUUUCCACUCAAUGGAGAAUGCAACCGAUAAAAAGGAGGAGUUUGUAUCGUCUUUUUCGCCAUUUCUGGAACAAAGAGACUGGAAUCUUAUGGUUAGCCCUGUGCUACCAGAUGAGAUAUCUCAGUACAAAAGCAACUCUGAGAAAUCAAAUGAAAAGAAACCAGAUUACAAUCACGUUUCUUUGUCUCUGCCAGAAAAAAUCAUUGACUACAGUGCAAAUCUUAACAACUGUGCAUCUGAAGAUGAGCUAGAGAUAAAAAGAAUAGUGAAUGAGCUUGAAAACCAGCUGCAGACAACAAAGCUGGAAAGUCCACCAUUACUAGUUCAAGAUUCUCCAAAGCAGCUGCAAAUGAGUAAAUUUUCACCUUUACGUCUUAGCGAUGAAUCAGAGAAUGGCACCGGUCUGGAUAUACAAGACAUAAAUGUACCAGUGACCAGCAUGCCUUCGGAGCCCUUCACUGAAUCAGCACUCCCAUGGUCCAGCCCAUUCCAGUUUGAGCUCAUAAGUGGACACCACAGUCCCCACUCCCCACUUCGUAAUGAAUCAGGAGCCCUCGUGCCUCUUACGGCAAAAGAGGAUGAUGAAUCAAAUUUAAUUGCCACAGAUUCACAUACUGAGCAGUCAGAGGAGAAAAAUGCAGAGAAAGAGGCUCCUGCGGAAACAAAGGAAGAAAUUUUAGAGCAGAAGAUAUAUGCAGAAAACCUGAUGAAAAGCCUCGAGGUGAUUUCUGAUUCUAUAUUCAAAAAAGAACCCAUUAUAUCAGAACACAAGGAACCAAAUGUCACCUCUCUCACAAGUCAACAACAUCAAGAAAUUGAAUGUCAAGCAACUGAUGCAUUUGAGAGAGAAGAUCAUACUGAAAAGGAAGCAAUUACCGGGAAGGAGAAUAUAUUAUCACCUCCAAAUAUCAAUGAGCGGAAGGAUGAUAUUGGAUUUAUUCUGAAUGAGUCACAGUCAUCUUUCUCUGACAGCAGUGACCCCACAGUCAGCGGAAACAAGCCAAUUUCAUUGCAACCAAGUGAGCCUCCAGAAAACAAUGGCAGUAAGGCAGAAAGUAAAGUCGUAUUGGAGGAGGACAUCACUGAAAAUAGUAAUUUGAUCAAGUCUGCUCACUGCUCAAGUGAGAUGACACACGACCCACAUGUGGUCAAAGAGUCCUGCAGGAACAAUAAAGGAGAAGAAAAUGUACAAUCAUCAGUAAACAACUGUGACAGUCCAGAACACCUGAAUACAGAACAACAUGAAGACACAGAAGCAGUGAAGGGAAUCACCAUUCAGUCUGAAAGCCACCCAGCAACACCAGAUCCACCUGAUGCUGCUAUUGAAAGUGGUGAAAAAAUAAGAGACAUUACAAAAGCAUCACUAAAAACUGCUAACAGUUACUGUCCUGAAGACAUUAGUUCAUCACAUGCUGAUGAGUUAAAAGUGGAGUGUUCAAACCCUGAUCUAUUUGGGCUGUCACCCAAAAUGUGCAGCCCUUCCAAGACUUAUACUCCCAAUCCAGCCACUGAUAUGUCAGUAGAGAUAGUCACCACAUAUAAGCCCUGCAGCCCAAUACUUGUGGAGGCCGAUGCAGAAAAUAUUACUCACUGCUCACCUUUCAAUGAUGCCCAAACCACAGAAGGAAAAAACAAUCUGUUAAUCCUCUCACAGUCUGAAAGCAUAAUGGACAGUGAUUCCUGCAAAGUCAAUCCAUUUAAUGACUCAUUACAAUCUGAAGCAGGCCUCCACUUUGACACCAUUCAGAAACAGGAGGAGAUUUUGAAUGUUCAAGACAUCAAAGAGCAGCUUCCUGUUGAUUUCAUGGCAAGUCAACAUAACUCGCCAUGCAGAGAGGAGAUGGAAGAAACUCACUGCCUCUUUAUAGACAUUGCUCCACCAACCAGUCCACUUUUAUCCAGCACUCAUCAAACGCCCAUGCAGAAGUCAGAUGCAGAACAGGAUUCAUGUCAGCCACAAAGCAAAUGUGGAAAUAUGCCUGUUGAUCAAAGUUUAAGUGAAAGCACAAAAUCCCCUAAAAAGGAAGAGGAUAAACAAAAGGAGGCUUUAAAGAGGGAUGAACAGUUGAAGACAACAGUUGACAUGGGGUAUUCUUUGAUAAGCCCACCUCACCCAGACCUAGGUGAAAUUAUAGAGUGUAAAAUCCCUGUCUCCAAAACCACCAUUUCCUCUCCACUUCCUGUGACCAGUACAGUGGAGGGAUCAAAGUUGUCAGAAAGCCUUGAAAAGUCAGAUCCAAUAUAUGAUUUGAAGCUCAGCCCUCUGAACUACAACAGCAUAUCAGAUGAACCUCCACAACUGAAUCAGUAUGACUACAUACCAAUUUCACCAGCAAAUAAACCGGAUGAAAAUCCAGAUAUCAAACAGUGUCCUGAAAAUGACAGAGUUCAAGCAUGUGACCUGAGCAUUAAUGCUGCGCUGAACUUUAACAAUAAUGAAACAGCCAUAGACUCUACAGUAUCUGUAAACACAGACUCUAUAGCCAAACUAAGUUUAUCCAAAGAACCUCUGGCCAUUCAAGAAAAUGUACAAUUCACACAUUUUUCAAUGGUUCUCCCAACAGAAAACACAAGCACAGAUUCUUCAGCUGUUAACAUAAAAAAGGACUUGGAGGUUUGCCAUGAUCCAGCUGAACCCAUUGAGCAUGUGCAUAUUCACACUGACGUGCUAAGAAAGGUCGAAGCAGAGAAAUCUGAUUCUCAUGAGUUUUCUGGUGAGGACAGCGCACUGCUCAGAAAAAACAUUUCAGAUGGUCCGCCCACUCCUAAGCCACUCAUCAUCUGUGAAACUGAACAAAUGCAUGUUACACAGGACCCAUCAGAGAAGCAACUAACAAUAGAGACUGGACAGUGUUCAACAACACACCAAGUACAAAAAGAAAUAACACCAAAAAAGGCCUGUGCACAGAACACUCAGCAGGGAAAAGUGCUCUGUGAAAUCUGCUUCAUGUGUUUCAGGACUGUGCCAGGGUUAAAAAGACACAAGGCCAUGAAACAUUCGGUCAGAGCUGAAAAACACAUUGGUUUGCAGACUACAACAUCAAACCAUCAGGGGACUGUGUUUAUUUAUGAAGCAUCCCAAACUUCAGAGAAGGAACAUAAAGAUGAUUCACAGACCUGUUUCUCAACAAAAAUAGAUGGGAUCCCUGAAACAAGCAACAUUCUCAUAUCUAAAUCGGCAGAGAGUGAGACAGUCCUGGAGGAAAUGCCCAUUGAGACAAGUGCAGUGGCAGUGGAUGAAAUAGACCACCAGCCCCCUCUGCAGCCAACAAAAGCAAAGAAGAACAACAAACCCAGGAAGAGCAAAAAUAGUGAUGUAAACAUAAAACCUGAUCCUUUCUCUGAUGAACUUCUGAACAUAUUAAAGACAGAUAUACUUCAAGCCAUUACUCCUGAAUUCAAAAGCAGUGGACUACAAGGGCAAAGCAAAUCUCCAGAGGAUUCGAUGAAAAUCAUUGCGCAUCCUGAGAGAACUGUGACCGGAACCGAGGACUUCCCUCACUGUGUUUCUUUGGGCUUUGACAAUACAUCUCAAUCUCCUGUAAAAGGGACAAACAUACUGAAUGAAACUGUGGAAUUAAAUCAAAUCACUGAUACAACAGAGCUGAAAUGUACAAGCACGACUGAGAUGGCAGGAGGCGAAGUGUACACAAAAAAAUGUGUAGAAAGUGUGGACAAGGAUAUAAUAAAAGAAUGUGAUGAGUCCAGAAAGAAUCUGUGUGUUGUGGAUGAAAUGUGUGAAGAGAAAGGAUCAGACGAGAGCCUCGCCCAGGAGAUUCUUAGAAAAGUAGCAGUGGGGAUAAAAUGUGAGAACAACAGUGGUCCUUCAAACGAUCCUCUCUCCUGUUUGAGUUCAUCCCCUCUCAGUCCUCCUGGCAUAAGUCCAGAGCUAAAGGCCUUACUUGAUGAUGACACUACAUUCUCACAGCUUUUCCCCAGAGAUGAGGAGGCAAAAAGGAAAAAAUGCCCAAGGGUUUACAGCAAAAAAAACAAAAGACAAAAGAUAUCAACGGAUUCCAAUGCAAGUCACGACUACCCUCCUCCAGAAAACUUCAUGCAAAACAAGAAUCAAUAUGUGGAAAAGCAAACAGAGCCAUCAUUCGCUGACAAUCAAACUAACCACUGUGAAUAUCAGACAAUCUCCAUUGAUGAUGCUAUCAUGUUGAAUAUGUGCCACAACAGUACAUUGAAAACUGACUCCAAGCUUCUGACAGAUGUCAAACCAACAAAUCAGGAAGAUGUCCGUGACACCAUUAAAGAGCUUGGGAACAACCUCUUGAAUCAACCAGACAGCACCAUUGAUAAAUCAUCAAUAGAAUGGAAUGGCUCCAGUGACUUCAGCAGCUUCAGUGCAGACUCAGUUGUGACCUCUGACCCCAGCACCUGUAAAACAGAGCAGCCAAGCACACCAUAUCCCCUGACCCAGCCUGCCGCACCCUACACUGUGGAGCCAUGUGUCACAGAUAGUGUUCAAAACCCCCACAGCAUUGACAUUCAGAACAUCAACACAACGUUUCAGCUUCCUGAGAUUCAGUUUUUUGACUCCAAUAAAGAUAUAUCAGUGGCUCCUCCUAUCACCGCUGCCGACAUAGAGAACAGAGAUGAUGACAAGUCUAAGAAGCUAACAAAGCGGCGAGGGAGGAAACGGCAAGACGGUGGAAUAAAGGUCAAAGAUAAGCAGUACAAGUGCAAAGUAUGCUUCACUUGGUUUCUCACUCUCGGUGAGCUGAACUUUCACAAGUUAUCCCACAACCCCUCUCCACCUCCAACCUGCUACAUGUGUGUCCAGCGCAAGUUCAGCUCCAGGGAGCAACUGAGAGACCACCUGAGAGAGAAACAUGCGAAGAACAAGACCGGUAUCUGGACCUGUGGAAUGUGCUUGAAGGAGAUAUCAGAUGUGGUGAUGUACAAUGAGCAUUUACGAGAGCAUGCCACUCAGUUUGCCCGAAGGGGUCAAACACAAGGUUCUAUGUUAGGUAUUUCAGGCUGCUUUAUGCAAGAGACAGCCGUGAAGAACUUUAUCACCUCCAUCAUGCAGCACCGCCCCAGCAAAGCCAAUAGAGAGUCCAGCAAAGCCCCUAAAGACCAAGAAAAAGCUGUUUCUGCAGACAAAACUGUGGGAGACGGGAAAACAUCAGAGGGGGCAGAGUCCAAACUCCAUAAAACUAAAAGCAGCAGUGGAACAGGUGGGAAGCAGAGCACAUUAACCCCACUGGAGGUCCUGCACAAAACAGAGACGCCUAGAAGUGUGGAGAUGCAUCCCAACUGCAAAGACCCCUCAAGAGACUGUCACCACUGUGGAAAACAGUUCCCCAAACCAUUCAAACUCCAAAGACAUUUAGUGGUUCACAAUCUGGAAAAGAUUUUCCUGUGUCAUAAAUGCCCUGUUUCCUAUCAAGAGGCCCAGGAGCUGAAAGACCAUCUCAAGCGAGCACAUGAAGAGGUGGAUGAGCUGGAUUCAAAACACACCACCCUCUACACAUGUGAGCUCUGUGCUGACGUCAUGCAUGUGAUUAAAAAAUCCUUCAUCUGCAGCACCUGUAACUAUACCUUCUCUAAAAAGGAACAGUUUGAUCGUCACAUGGAAAAACACCUUUUAGGGGGAAACAAAAUUUUCAAAUUCAGAGGUGUUCUCAGACCUGUCAAGGCAUCUGUGUCCAAAGAAGAUGAAUGUGAUUCGCCUGCAAGUAAGAAGAGGAGAAUUCUCUCUGACAGUUUGCUAGAAAAUAGCUCAGACAGCGGCAUCGCCAGUGUAAGCCCACUGCACUUGAACCAAAACUCUGAAACAUUGUCCUCAAAAUCCUGUGUGUCAACAACAGAUGACUCCACACAGACAAUUGCAAACGAAUACCACGAUGACGCAAACAGUACAAAUGUGAAGACUGAGGACAUUGCUGAGGACUACUCUGAACUACUUGUAGAGCUGGAGAAAUGUAUUCAUAUGCGCACUUCAGAAUCCGCUGGACCCAAAGAGGAAAUUGACCCAGCUCUCUCACCUAAUCUUGAUAAAGAGGGUAAUGGAAAAUCGAUUGCUGAACCAUGUGACGUGAAAGAGGAGAAUGAGUCAGUCUGUAUUAGAGCAGAGACAAGCUCAUGGUCAGCAUCUAAAGAGAGUAGUAACACAGUGGAGGAGACUAUUAAGGCUCAGGAAGACUCUGUUGAAGGUGACACAGCUGAUACAGAAGAAAAAACAGGUCCCCUUCCACCUUGUGAGGACUCUUGUGUUGCCAGCUUAAGAGAAAAUCCAUUAAUUUCAAAGACACCUGAGUCAGCAAAGCAUCAAUUAGCUAUUGACGUGGCAGACCAGCAGGGGAAUGAUGAGCAGAGCCACGACACAUUGAAAGCUUCCAAUAAUCACAACAAACAGCCGGCUCUAUCUCAUGAUGCUGAGCAGGAAGGCAGCAGUCAAAUGAAAGACAAAGCCAUCCUCACCAAAUCAACCGACAACACUAAAAACAACUACACAACUACAACCGACACCCCCUCCAAAGUUUCACUUAGCACUUCAGCAUCAAAUGAGGAGAAAGAACCUGUGAGGCCACAGAAGAAGAGGAAAGACAUGAAAUCCCCCCACAGCCUGCAGAGGGUUUCCUCUCCAGCUACACAGGAAAACUUUGGUGUUGACGCCAGAGCCAAAAAGAAAUUUCGCCCCAGCAAGUGCUCAAAUGCCUCUUUGCAAAGAAAGUCUGAUGGACCGAAUGACUAUCCUGUGCUAUCCUCAGUACAGGAUGACCUGGUGAGCAACAAAAUAGUUUCCAAGUGCAAGAAUUCUAACUUGGGCUUGCAGUCAAAAAGAAGUUUGCUUGACAGCUGCACGCCAAAGAAAGCUGAGAUUGUGAGUCCUCUUAAUGGGGAUUAUAAAGCCAAAAAGGGAACUCUAGGGCGGCCUUUGCAUUCCCCCAUGUCCAAAGUGUCAUCAGUUCCCAUGAACAAUUCUUUGAAUAAAUCUAGGACAAAGAUGGGAGUUCGGUCAAUGGAUAGUCAUUCCUACCGGACAGCAGAGUCCCAGAACCACCUCCUGAGCCAGCUGUUUGGCCAAAAACUCACUAGCUUUAAGAUUCCUUUAAGGAAGGACACGUCAGAAUCUAUUAACUGAGUGGGGUUUGAGGGAUCUGUGAAUAAGAGACUGUAAAGUUCACAGUUAUAAAUGUUUAAGACAAUUCAUUAUGGUGAAUGAGAUUGCACAGCUCUUUUCUGUGAAACGCUAUCUUUAAAUACUUACGUAGUCACUUUAUGUCUUCUUUGUACAUGUGUUUUUAUUACACAAAUGUGAGGACUAAUGGCAGAUAUGAUUUUUUGGGGUCAGAAAUGAAUAUGCUAGUUGGGAAAACCAUUGAACUUUUUACUGCUUUUCCUUUGUUGAAUAUUAUCCAUGUCAGAGAUUAUAUUUCAUUUACCUAAAGGAAAGUAAAAAAAAGAAUACUUGAAAAUAAAGUAAAAUAUUUUCUUUUUUUUUUUUUUUUAAAUGCAUGUUCAUUUUGCAUUCAUAAUAUGACUUUAUCAGAUUAAGUGUUUCUUUAAAAGGACCAAAUGACAUAAUAACUGACUUGGACUUUUGUCUGUGCACCUUUUGUAAAUGCUUCCAACAUAUUCAUUUUUGUAUGAUUUUUAAACUUUACUGUACUGCAUCGACAUUCAUCAUAUUAGCCUUUUGUAUAAACAUUACCUGGUGCUACAUUGUGUUUUAUUGUAAUGUGAAUGCCAAUGUCCUCGGAAGGGAACAUGAGAUCUGUAGCAGUUACAGUACUAUUCAUCAAACUGUUUUUACUGGUUCUUUGUAUUUUAUUAAAGAUACUGUGUAAACCAUCCAAGUACUUCAAAUGUAGGCUGGUAGGAAAGGAAAAAAAAAAUCACAAAAGUACCAUGUAUAAACUCAGGUGCAUACAAGGACAUCACAGUCCCAAGACCUGUAUUCGGAGUUCUUCCCAUGCACUGAAAAUACCACACACAAAUCACAAACUCAAUCAUCUGUGUCUGUAACUCCAAAUGUUUAAUUAUGAAUAGUAUUUACUAGGACAACAAAGGUGCUUUAUCUUGUUUAUACUGUAUGUAUCUUAUAUUGUAUAAUAUUGUAGGUAGAUUAUUGUUUGGUGUAAUGCUUAAUGACAAAGUUUUAUUUUAAUAAUGUGCAAAAGAAAAAAGAGUGAGAAGAAAGGGAAAUGCAGUGCCUCUUGCAAGUUGUAAAGUGGUCCACUAAGUGCCUCUUUUAUUGUCGGUUAUUAAAGAUUUGUACUGGUA